CGCUGUGUUGGCAAUUUUGUGUUCCGCGGUCCCUUUUCUCGCCGCUGGCUUGGAGGAGUCCUUCGCUUCUGUAAGUCGCGACUCGGAUCGCGCAACCGUGACGCCAUGAGCUACGGCCGUGCCCCGCCGACCAUCGACGGGAUGACCUCCCUGAAGGUCGACAACCUGACGUAUCGCACCACGCCGGAGGAUUUGAAACGCGUCUUCGAGAGGUACGGCGAUGUCGGGGACGUCUACAUCCCGCGUCACCCGUACACCAGGGAGAGCCGCGGUUUCGCCUUCGUUCGCUUCUACGACAAGCGCGACUGCGAAGACGCCAUGGACGCGCUGGACGGCUACAUGAUGGACGGCCGCGAACUGCGCGUGCAAAUGGCGCGCUACGGUAGGCCUACCGACCCGUACCGCCAGUCCGCGUCUUCUCGCCGCGGCCCGUCAAGUCGCCGGUCACGCUCGCGCAGCCGCAGUCGCCGCAGGUCGAGGAGCCGCAGGCGAUCAAGGUCUAGGUCACGUCGACGAUCGCGGAGCCGUUCUAGGUCGCGGCGACGCCGGUCAAGAUCCCGAUCUAGAAGGUCCCGAAGCAGAUCAAGGGAUCGCCGGCGUUCUCGAAGCAAAGCCAGGAAAAGCCGCAGCAGAAGCCGGCGAAAGAGCCGCAGUCGUAGCAGGCGCAAGAGCCGCAGCAAGUCGAGGGAGCGGAGCCGCUCUCGACGCCGCGAGACCAAAAGGAGCAGAUCAAAAUCCAGAGGCCACAGCCGCUCGAAGUCGAGGGAGCGCAGUCCCUCGAAGCAUCGCAGCCGCUCGAAGUCGAGGGAGCGCAGUCCCUCAAAGCAUCGCAGCCGCUCCAAGUCCAAGGACCGCAGCCAGAGCAGGCACCGUAGCCGCUCAAAGUCUGAGGAGCGAAGCCGAAGCAAGCACCGUAGUCGCUCCAAGUCCAAAGAACGCAGCCGAAGCAAGAAGCGCAGCGAGUCCAAGGAGCGGAGCCCCAGCAAGCACCGGAGCCGUUCUAGGUCCAAGGAGAGGAGCAGAAGCAAGUCUCACAGAAGCCGCAGCCGAAGUCGCAAAGAGAGCGAGCCACGGGAUAGAAGCCACAGUCCAGCGGUGAACGGAGACUCCCGCAUGCGCAGUGCAUCCCGCAGCCCACGAGAGGAGGGCCGAGAAGACUCGCGGUCCCGUUCACGGUCGCGCAGUCCGAGGCGGAGCGGCAGCCCAGCGCAGGGAGAGUCUGACGAGGCAGGCAGGGAAAAGUCCAGAAGCAGGGACCGGUCGCGGUCCAAGUCGCAGGACUCCAACUGAGGCACGUGAGAGUCCUUGCUGUAGGGUAUUCACCCCAGGCUGGGUUGUAUUAUUGGAACGUUGUUUGUCAUUUGAUGUGUGUGUUCUGUUAAGAGUUACGCCUGCUCAAUCCAGCCGCUUCAUGCUUCGUCUUCACAAGAAUGUCUGCUGUCAAGUUUUAGUUUUCUGUUAAUCCCCAAGCUUCCCUUUUUCGCACGUAUUGUGAAGUGGCCUUUAUAUUUUCAUAGCUAAUGCAUUGCCUGUCAAUGUGUCUGCUCCUGUUGAGAAUAGAUAAAAAGUGAAGGUAGGGGAAAUUCUUGACGAAUUUUGUUUAAUUUCUGCCUUGUCAUUUUUGACUGUAAAUGAAUUCAUUUCUUUAUUACCAUUGCUUUCACAUUAGUACCUACUACCUGUGUGUAUCUCUCGUUGACAUUGUGACCAUUACAAAUCGUCAUGAAUGUAUAUCUAUUUUUCUGAGCAGUGCGAGCAAGCAUCUGCAUCGUAAUUGUACUUUUAUCCCUUUUCACUGUAGUAGGGAAUACUGAGCUUUCCUGAAUAAUGGGCUCAGUAUUGACCUUGUAUUUUGCACGUCACAAUAUCUUUGAAUGUCGGAUGUUGAGGCUUUGUCACAGCUGCAUUGCCUCUAUUUCUUGAAAGUGCUGCGUUGGUGGUAGUGCUUUAACCCAUUGGCUUCCGCGCACUGCGCGCCCGGUGCUGCCUACCACUCCGCGGCAAAUGUUUCGCGCUAGCGGGCGGCAUGGGGCGGUGUAUAAAAAUCGCAAUAAAGUCCGCAAGAAACGUCAUAGAACCACAAUUCUUGCUUUAUUCUGUUUGCAAUGCUUUGCUGCAGCAACUCGGUCAGUAUGAUUUGCGUGUGUGAAAUUCUUUAAAACACACAGGCAUGUGAAGCGCAACUUCGCAUUUUUCGCACUCCCACCGGCUCUCGGACUUUUUGCCAUGUGACUUGCAAACUAAGCAAAGCCUGGAUGGAUUUUUUUUUAGCUUUGUUCGGAAGGAUCCGACAAGGAAAAUGAGCCCACUCGGAAGCUUGCAGGCGCAUUGGUGUAGCCGCGACAGGUGGGUUUCUUUGGCCGCGGUAAAGGGGCAGAGUGACCUCUUCGAAAAUCGCCUCGGCGAGAUUGACCUUCCAAUCGGUGUAGUGGAGCCGCUUGCCGGUAGUUUUUCCAAAUAAAACAUAGCUGUUAUAGACAGCAAUGUCCAUGAUGUAAAAGAAAAUUUUCUUGUAGCCUUUUGCGUAUCUUCUCAUAAUGGGAAAAGAAGCAAGUUGUUGGUCCUCGCGAUCAACUCCUCCCAUUCCUCGGUUGUAGUCUAAUACAACUUGCGGUUUCAAAACUGGCAGGCCGUUCCCGCGACCCUUCUUGCCGGAAUCCAUUCACAUUUGCUCCACUGUGCACGGUUGACAGCAUAGUGACCUGCUUUUUAUCUUGCCAUGUUAGAGCCAUGAUCCCUCUCGCAAAGAGAACUUUGCAUUCACCUUUUUUUAACUUGAGCUGCUUGAAGCCUUUUGGCAUAUUCUUGCGGUGUAGACGAACUGUACCAACUGCAUUCGAACCCGCAUCUUUGAGGUGACGAAAAAGUGUAGGCGAAGAGUACCAGUUGUCCAUAAAUAUUGUGUGGCCGUCAGGAAGGCGUUUUCCAACAAGGUCAAGAACAACGGACUCACUGCACAAUAGCCCAUCUGUUGCUGGCGUCUUCUCACUUUUUCGAGUAUAAAUUGAAAAAUUGAGGCAGUAGCCACUAGAUGACUCGCAGAGUUUGUAGAAUUUCACUCCAAAUCUUGCUCGUUUUGAGGGGUUGAAUUGUAUGUAGGACAGGCGACUGCGGAACUUCAUCAGACUUUCGUCCACCGCAACACUUGCUUCGGGAUUAUACGCUGCGCCAAUGGACUUGAGUAUGAUAUCGAGGACAGGCCGUAUAUUCCAGAGCCGGUCUUCACUUUGGGGAAGGCUGUUGCAGAAAUGCAGGUACCGCGACAGCACCCAAAAACGAUGUCUUGACAUCACAGUGGCAAAAAAUGGUGUGCUGAUAACAGACCUCGUCGACCAGUAGGACUGAAUGCUACUCUUCUUUACUUGGCUCAUCAGCACACACGAGGCGAAGUAGGCUUUCAUUUCGUCGGCAGUUGUUUCAUGCCAUGAGGAGUCAGGAUGCAAAAGCUGCCUUUCGCGUGCGAAGGCGUUUGUGUGCAACGCGAUGAUGCUCCAAAUCGCCACUCCAGGAACAGCAUUGAACAUUCCAAGAGCAGUGGGACUUCCACCUACUUGAAGCUCGAUGGAUCUCUUGAUGCCAGGCUGGCCGCUGAAGGAGUGCUUGACAAUAUUUUCCACACUGUCAUCUUCUUCCCAUUGCCAUUCUUCCAUCUUUCGCGCCUUUGGAGAAGGCGGCAAAGGAUCCAGCGGAUCUUCUGCUGCACACACGUUCUUCUCCUCCUCCACAUCACUACUACUUUCAUCACUUUGAUCCUCCCCAUCGUCUAAUGAAACAUCUUCAUCAUCACAAAUGUCACUUUCGGCGUCACUGUCAAACACAAGUUGCAGAAUUUCGUCUUCUGUCAAACCACGCUUUCGCCGCGAUGCCAUGUUUUGAACAAGACCAGUCGCAAUCGCCUCGCUCACUUCGCACACAAAAUAGCUCCAAACGCGCACAAAAAUAACUCCAACAGUGGACAACUAUGUCCAUUAUGUCCAUCUAGCGGAGAACAUAUCAAACACAAGGCAAACACCAACCAAUGUGCUGCCAUCCAUGAAAGAUCAUGAAAAACAAUAAUUUUCUAAGUGGCCGGCGUUUCGCCGGUCAAAGAACUUUUGGCCUCGGCCGUAGGGGCCGGCGGAUCGUCGGCCACGGAAGUCAAUGGGUUAACAUGCAAAUGCAACAACUCUUGUGUUGCACACAGCAUAUCUUCACUGUCCAAAACUUGACCCAAGGGUUUGCAGGGCUCCAAGCAUUAAAUAUGCCGGUUAUGUUGGUGGUGUUUGCACGCUAUGGAAAUCUUAAUAUGGGGAGGAUUUCAUUGUUGAGGGUCUGGUAUAAAUAGUUCGAGAGGCCAAAAGCGGGAUAAAUUACAUGGUAGCUGGUUGCACUAGCUCUCAAGUGCGUCCAGACAGAGGUGACAUUCUUGUCCGACGCAUGCUGCUUGGCAGCUAUCUUGGUUGGCAAAUGCGAUCAAGCUCGCCCAACACAGAUUGUAAACUGGCAUCUUUAGUGGGAAAACUACAUUUUUCUACAUCUCAUUCUUGCUAACUAUAUUCACAAGCAAGCAGGAUAUGACAUUAAAUGUGCAGGGUAGAAUGAAGUACAGCCGCCCCACAAUGAACAUUUCCGUAGAGUUGACUUGUGAGGAGCUAACACAUGUGACGUGAAAAGCUAGCAUGGGCACACAGCUCAAUAAAGAGGAGGACACUGUGUGUCUGCAUUGACAGCACUCUGCAGUUACAGCCUCGUUUGCUGAAUAUAGCAGGGUGGCGUGGUUAUCUGGAAACGUGAUUAUAGAAAGCUUCUGACAUCAACAUCCUUGAAGACAGCAGACAGCAAAGGUGCAGAAACUUAAGCACAAGCAGCAAAACACUUUGGCCUGAGAAACUAAUUAUGCCAGACUGUUCCUGUGAAUGCAACAAUGAAUGAAAUAUUCGAUUGAAAAGUAUUUGUAAUUGAAAGUUUGGGUAAGAAUGGCUGCCACGGGCUGUUGCGCUCUUGUCGGAUACGGGGGUUGGGAUUGUUGGGUAGUUGUGAUGUUGGGAUCCUUUGCUGGGAUUUCGAAAGAGCACUUCUCUGCUGACUUGUGCUGUGGUUGUGCCCCCUGUCAUGCCUGCAGGCGCUGAGCUGUGAGGGUGUUGGUAAGGCGGUGCUUGAUCGUAUGCUGCGUUGCUGCUGCUGCCGUGACUGGUUGCAGCCUGUGCCGGGUUCGGGCGGAGAUGUGCUGUCGGGCUGCACGUCGUGUUUGCGAUCAUUCCGGGUUUUUUCCUCCUUUUAUUUAUUUAUUAUUUUUUUGUCGCUCUUUUUCACCUUCUUUCCUCACCUGCAGGCACCACACCCUGCCCCCAAUUCCUUGUUUCCCCAUUUAUGCUCCUCCUCCGGCCACUUGUUCAAAAAUCGGCUUGCUUGGCUACGACAAGACUAUGUAGGCAUAGGGGAGCACUGAACAAGUUGUGAAGUAGCGCUGCUUUCAACCUAUCAAACUCUCCAAUAUCGUGCAACUUGCGUGCAAAAUUUGGCUGCUGCGUUUCGUUAAAUAUCCUUAGUCUCACUUUCAGAGUGCUAUGGUUGCUCUUGGAAGUAUAGUUGCACUUGACGAGUUGCAGAGCUGUAUUCCUUUGAUACAGAUCUGAUUGGCUGGUAAUAUUGAGUAAGAUGAGCUAAUAUUGUGUUAGGUCUUAAAUUUGUAGUUAAAAAGCACUUGUAUAAAAUUUUGGAUGAAAAUGGCAGCAUCUUAAAAUAAUUACAAGUACGAACUACAAAAAAUGACAGUUUAUUGAAGGGGACGGCGAACUUUAAAAGCAGUGUUCCGUUUAGCCUUCUUAAUCGUUAAAUCCCAGUUUUCCUGAUUAAGAUUUGCUAGCGAUAAGUGAGGUUACACACACGUUUUCUGGCCUUGAAUCAUUCAAGCCGUAGCCAACAGGGAGGGGCGAGGUUAUGGUGCCGCUUUUUUUUUUUUUUUCUGCGGUGGAUGGGAGGCGUUCCAGUUUGCGGCCGGCAGAAGGCGGCAUUUGCAGACCGUCGGUGCGGACGGAGCGGCCCGCGGUUGCUGUCCAGCCGGCGUAAGUACAGUGGUUGCAGAAGGGGCCUAGCCUGUACUCCAUAGAGUUUCUUACAAUACUCAGUGGAGGGAACUGUGGCAAUGCGAUCACCCAGCCGUCGUGGGAAUGACGGGUAGUAAUUGGACUUGCCUAAUCCGCAUUUGCAUCUUCACACACACCUGUGGCUUUUCGAUUGUGCAUUAGGCUUUUGUUUCGGACAGAAAAACUAUUUGUUGUGAACCUCAUAAGUAGACCUGAAUUGGUGAACUCAGAAAGGCCACCUCCCCGAAGGGAAUCGUGAGGAAAUACGCAUGCAUUUCUUGCGCCGAGAGAGGGCACCAUUGUCGUCAGACAUUCGCCUUCAUUGUAGACUUGAAUUGGUGAACUCGGAAGGCCCAGCGUGGUGAAGUGAGACUUCUGAACUUUGUCUUGCGACUGAGUGGCAGCUGGCACCACGUUGCCAAAGAACGGAGCUUAGGCAUACCUGUACAACCGAUCAUUUCCAUGCUGGAUGAAGUGCCCUGCAUUGCAACUUGCAUACAUACAGCAGAUUUCCCUCUGGUGCACUAUUGCGAAACUCUAUGGGGUACCCUUCUUGACUGGGAAAUUGACAGAGUCUUGCCAACAGGCGGGGCUUGCUGUGAUGCUGUGUGGGAGUGCCUGCUGCGUCGGGAGUUGCAGCUGCGGGGUUGCCUGCUGUGCAGUUCGUGCGAGUGUCUUGGGAUGCAGGCCCGGUUUUGGUUUGUUCCAUUCUCUUCUCAGUGAAGUGUGCGAUUUCUCUUCAGGACACUACAAGGGCAGUGCUUCAGAAGGCUGUUUCAGCAAUGUGCUUCUCAUGUGGCACCACACGAGGCAUCUGCAGUGGUAGCAGUUUGUGCCAGUGGUUCUUGGUGUUCAAUAAAGCCUUGCUGAACCAAA